ACAGUUCGUAUAAAUUUAAUUGGUCAUGAUAAACGGAAAUCUGUAUUCGUUUUACUUAUAUGUUUUGCUAUUAGUUCUCUUACCAAUUGUUGUGGUCCUAAAGGAGGACGACGGCAGAGAUAUAUUUAUAUCUAACACAAUACCCAAACAUUCUCUAUUGAAUUUACGAAAUGAUAAAAGCGAUCAAAUGGAGUUGCAGGACGUAAAUAAUUUCAUGGAAGAGUCUGAUAAUCGAAAGUAUACAUUGGCAGAGACACUACGAAGAACAUUCAAUGAAUUUGAGGCAUUAUUCGAAAAUAUUGUAGAUAUUGUAGCAAAAAAUGUACCAAAAAUAGCACGAGAUACCGAAAUUUUUUUAGCCAAACUGUCGAAUCGCACUGUGGAUGCAUUGAAUAUUUUUAGCAAUAAAAUAUUAAACGAGGGCGAUGAUCUGCUCAACGAUAUGUUUUAUAACAUUGAACGUCAGUUGGAUGCGGUGAGGAUUGAAUUUCAGAAUUUAGCCAUAAGUGUUGAUGAACACUUCAAUUGGGCAGUUACACAACUUAAUCAGACUCUAAUAAACAACACCGAAGAAUAUGAUUGGUGGACCGCGCAUAUUAAACACAAAUUACGCACCGUCAAUGAUACCAAAUUGUACCAAGAGGGUUGUAAAGCCAUUGACGAGUUCAUAACCAACAGCACCAAGGAACUACACAAUUGCUGUAAAAUCACCAUGAAGCCAAUGCGAUCAUUAUGUAAAUCAGCUAGUUCCUUGAUCACCGAGGCUUUACAUACUAUUGUGGACGCAAUCGACAGAAUGCAAGCUUGCCUGGAGGAGAAAAGAUCGUAUUUGGAUUAUAUGUUACCUUGUAUACAUUUGGCAUACGAUGAAAUAAGCAGUUUAGUUUCCCGAGCCGCACAAAUUACUCACCAAGUGAAUAACAUGCUACCAAUGAAAAUUAUUUAUACUCGAAGCUGUUUUGCUAUUGUUAUGGUGGAUAUGAAUGUUCGGCGAAAUAAUCUAGAAUCUGACUUGUUUUCCAAUUAAUAAUAGAAGAACUCUUUAUAUAACACUUAAUUUUUGAUUCGGGCUCAAUGUAUUUACAAAAAAAAAUAUUCUUAUUCAAAUCCAUUUUGCUUUCGCAUGGAUUCUAAAAGAUUCGAAGUCUCGGCGACAAACUUCAUAUUGUUUAUAUAACAGUGAAUCCGGAAGAAUGCUCUAAAAUAUGCUUUAAAAGUUCAGUGCAAACCGAAAAAUAGACAGCAAUAUACAUAAUUUAUAAAACAAAUUAUUGAUUUAUUAACAAAUUGAUACAAUUCAAUUUAUAAAUAAAAUAUGAUAAAUAUUAUGUAAUAUAUAAAUAAGAAAAAAAUAAAGCUAUUUAAUAUACA